AUUAAACAUAAUGUUGUCAUGCGUAAGUGUUUGUGUUUUCGUGAUUACAUCGUUGAUUUUGGCGGUUGUUAAACUAAUUGAUAAGAAACCUGGUCCUAUUUUUGGUGUUUAUCAGAGGGCAAAUGGAUUUUAUUGGUUUAAAGUUUUUUUAAUGUUUAUGUGUUUGUGUUUGAGAAAGAUAAAAUAUAAAAUAUUUCCACUCAGUCAGGAAUACUUGAAUAAUUUGGACAGACCUCAGAAACUUGCACCCACUUCGAAAGCAGUGGAUGCUGUAUUUUUCUGCAAUGCUAACAAGGAUGGGGACUAUUUUAUUGUGGGAAUAGCCAGACGUAGCAAUAGACUCGUAGAUGGAUUCAUUUUAUUAAAACUUAAUUCAUUAGAUUUAGGUGUUCUAGAAUCACCAAAGAUUCCAGAUACAGCUCUGUUUAAUACUGGUGAAGAAGAGAGUUAUGAAGCUGAAGGCAUCAAAAUAACGCCCCGUAUACCGAUGAAAGAAUGGACUAUAGAAUAUAAUGGCCAAUUGAAGGAAUUUAAUGACAUUACCAAAUUGCAUAAUGUAAAGAUUACUGCCCAAUUUACUUCAAACAAACCUAUUUACAAUAUGGAUAGGGAUUUAGAUCCUUGGGAGAUGGCAAGAUCCUUAGCCUAUGAAAAGUGGUCAAGAGGGUAUUUCGAUAAUGCUAAAGAGCAUCAUCAGACUCAUUAUGAACAGUACGGCAUAGUAAAGGCUAAAAUAUCAAUUGAUGGUAAGGUACAUGAAACAGUGUUUGAUAGUCUGAGAGAUCACAGCAUUGCAAAAAAUAGGGACUGGGGACACUUUAAAAGAUAUGGUAUACACUUUCUUUCAACUGAAAAUGGUGACCACUUGACCAUUGGAACUUUAUGCAUGCCUUCAUAUCUUUCAAGAAUAAAAAUAGGAUACAUGUACAACGCAGUGGACAAAAAAAUAUACAAUAUAAGGAGUAGUAAUUUGGAAUUAUAUCAGUUUGGUGAACUAGGUACUCCUCCAAAAGAUUAUGCCUUUACUUUUAAAGCGGGAAAAACCGAGUAUGUUAUGCAAGUCAAUAUAAUAGAUUCACCUUAUUUCUAUCUUAGUAAAGAUUGUGAAGUAAAGGUGUACGAGCAGUUGUGUACCAUUGACAUAAAUGGAGUAAAAGGAUGGGGAUCUGCAGAAUGGAUAUACAGGAACGUUGAAGGACGAAACGUAUUAAAAAAAUCAAAAGGAACUAUAAAAUAAGGACACAAUUAAUUAAGUAAUAAGUAUUAACUUUAUUAAGAUUGCAACUUUUUAUACAAUAAAUACCAAAAAGGUGGGAAUCUCUAUUUUGGUCCUAACAAUUCAGAAUACAUACAUCCCCAAAUUCUAAUAAGUUAAUAAAUAUUAACCACUCAAAAUUAACAAGAAACAAAGUAACAUCAUAUACAUAAAAAUAUUCACAGGUUAGCAGCAUAUGUUGUACUAAUUAAUAUCCCACACACUUCUAAUACUGAAAUAGGGAAUAAGUAAAGUUUAUCUGUAAAUUAAAUCACAACCUAUUAAAAAAAUACAUAUUAGUUUAGAAAAAGAAAAAUAAAGUCUAUUUACAUAG